CCAUGCAUAGCAGCUGUUAAUUCAUUGCAUUUUAUAUUUAGCAGGUAUAACUAAAACAAACUGAAUAAAGACCAGCAGUUCUAGAAAAUUUUGUUUGUAUUGUACGCACUCACCUCAUUUUGACGUUCAAAAUUUUUUUUCAAAGGUUUUAGAUGUACUAGGAAUUUCUGAACUUGCCCGGAUUAUUGUCAUGCUCCUUGCUGCAUUCGAGCUUUGAGUGUGAGAUAUUGAUUUUGUGAAGAGAACAUACUGUAUUGAGUUACUGUGAAUUUUUUAUUAUUUUAAAGGAAAUAACAGUAGUACGGGUGUCAAAGUGUGAGGAAGUGAAAGCUGUGAUAUUAGAAUCAGUAACCAUAGACACAUAAACCUUCACCAUGUGGAUCAGGAAGAUGCCAUAACCUAGCUCACUUUGGAACUAGAGUGAUUUUCCCUGAUGAGACAAGAGUUACAUCCCUUGAUGGUUGAUUUGCCAUGAUGACAGCAGAAGUUAUCAACAUCCAGGUCAAGCAAGAAUCCUCAGACAGUAAUCACCAAAACACCACAGCCUCAAAGGGGACAGAGCUGGAAGAAAAUGGUGUGCAGGUAUCUGGGGAAACCACCUCUCAGCUGGAGACAGCACCACCUGCGGUGUUUGUCCAGGCGACAACCACCCAAGACAGUGGCAGUAUCAGCGCUAGUGAACAGUUACAGCGUAUGAUUCAGCAGCAGUAUCUAGUCAACCUCAUCCAGUUUCAGCAGUCCAUGCUGCAGCAGACUGGCCAAGCAAUGCAGCACCAUCAGAAUUUACUCUCAGCCAUUGACUUCACCAAACUGAAUCAGGAAGCCACGGCAACUUCUGAGACCCCAGUCAAUCCGAUUCCAAGUGAAUCUGGUGACAAAGAGAAAAAACAGGCCAAGGUCAACAUAGAAGGUCUACUGGAAAUUGGAUCAGACUCAGAGAAUACUGAAAAUGAGGAUGGAGUUCUAGGAGAUGGGGGUGAUGAUCAUGAAAUGGUGAAGGGUGGCCGAGAGAGAAUCCGACACUCAGUUGGUGGAAGAAAUAUAAACCAGUAUGGCAGAGAGUUUACAAAUGGCCGUCCCCUUCCUGAUCAUUUGAGAGUUCAGAUUCUACAGUUAGCUUUACAAGGCAUUCGUCCCUGUGAAAUCAGCAGGCAGCUACAGGUGUCUCAUGGAUGUGUCAGCAAAAUUCUAAAUAGAUAUAGAAAAACGGGAAGUAUUAACCCAGGACAGAUUGGUGGAAGUAAGCCCAAGGUCACGACCCCUGAUGUGGUCAACUGUGUCCGGCAGUACAAGUUAGAAAAUCCUCAGAUGUUUGCAUGGGAAAUAAGACAGAAACUGCUUGGAGAUGGGAUUUGUAAUGAGAAGAAUAUACCCUCCAUCAGUUCAAUAAACAGAAUUAUCCGUGACAAAGCCAUUCUUCAGAGACGCUGCAUCGAGGGAAUUCCAGUUGUUGACUCAGAUGAUGGUGAAGCAGAUGAAUUGACUAUAGAUCCAGAACACUUGAAGCAUUUCAUGAUAGUACCAAAUCUAACCCCUAAUGCCAGCGAGAGCCAAACUGUCAUUCCUAUUCAGACAAUCUCCAGCAUCCCAACUGAUGCUCCCCAGACGGUUGUCAUACCAACUGUGAGCAUGCCCAGUCAGAGCUUGAUGACAUCAGCAUCUCCUCAAUCUCCAAGUUCAACAGUUGUUACUUAUCAGGUGACUUCACCAUCACAGCCAGCUUCUACUGCGGUACCUACAAAUUCACAGAAAAAUCAAGAAACGGAGGCAUAUGACAUAGAAAAAGAACAGGAGACAGCAGUGUCCUUCAUACAGGAAUCCUCCAGUGAUGAUGGAGAUUCCUCAAAAGGUCAUGAUAUCAAGGUCAUUCAGUUGGAAUAUAACAAUGAUGAACAAAAUAAAGUAGGAUCUGGCUCAGAAAAGACUGAUGUGUCUACAGCUGACACUAGCAGGCAAAACAACCUGCAGGCAGUUCUGUCCCACUUGAUUUCUACACAAGCCACUACUAUGUUGAGAGAGGAGGAUCCUAAACAAGUGACAGAAGCAAAGAAAAAGUCUCCACAGGUCUCACCACCUUUGACCAAAGCAGACAUGCCACCCCCAUACAGUGUAGCUGUGGGACCUUUAUAUGCAACCAUUCCAAUGUACAGCCCCUCAAUAAUGAAAUCCACACCAACAAGUACAACAUCCACAAGUAGUACAAAACAGUCAAAAGGGAAAUCCAAAGCUGUGAAAGCAGAAAACAGUGGAGAGCAUCAAGGCAGGAAAUCCAGAUCACAACAGAAUUCCACAUCUCCAGGAUUUGUAUCUGGAGCUGGAUUUUAUGACUACUCUCUCCCAGAUAGAGGAUUGGGAACUUGUCCACCCGCUCCUAGCAGACCAUCCCCUCCCCAAGCAGGAAAAAUGGUGGGUAUGGUCAGUGGAUGGCCUUUUUCUCCAUCACCAAUGCAGCUCCCUAUACCCAGUCCAACUUCAUCAGAGAAGAGUCGAACUUCACCUCUGGACCUUUCAUCAACUCCUCUAAAAGAGGUCCAAAAGUCACCUGGUUUGAGUUCUGAGAAAACAGACUCGAUGGCAAGUUCUUCAAAACUUCCUCCUACUACCGAUCAUAGCAAGAAGCAGCAUAUUGCAGAAAACAAAACAGCUCCUGAGGCAGAGCCUACUAAAACAACCAUUGCUCACUAUGACAAAAAUGUCUUAAUCUUUGGAGAAAAUGCAGUGGAGAUCAUCUCAGUUGGAAACAACAAGUGGAUUGUUCGAAAUGAGGAAGAACUCUGUCAUGUUGCUACUGGAGAGGUGAUGAAGAAGAACAAAACAGGAGAAACUUCUCCAUUGGUGCAAGUGAAAAGACUAUCCACAGAGGGUCCUAGUGAUGGAGGAAUGCUAAAGGUUCCCAAAAUUAGUGUAGUGGACUCUUUACAUACAAAAGGUGCUAAAAAAUCUCCACAAACAGUUGUGAAUGGUACAAAUGCCAAAGACUCUGCUAAAGUGGAUGGAAGUGGAGAGCAUAUAGAUGACAAUAGAAACAGCUGUCCAGUGCUACAAAAAAUGUUGAAGCCGGUUGGUCAGUGAUGAUAGCAUUUUAAAGGAACAUUUGUAGCUUCAUUUGCUUCUGUUGUAGUAAAGAUGAAUUUCCGAUUGUGAAAUCACGGAGAAGAUUAUGGAACUUAAUAGUGACAGUGUUCAGUUUUCUGUUUGUUAGAUGAAAAUUAUCAUCAUAAUGUCUACAAAGUUAUGUUGUUAUUUGAAAAUGUGUUUUGAUAAUUUUUCUUUUAAAUGAGUCGUGUAGUGUAGGUAUUUAUUAAAUAGUUUAGGUAGUGUGUUUUCAAAGUUUUAAUUCUAGUUGUACUCAUAAUGUGUUUUGGUGCUUGCAUGUAAAAAAUACUGGUAGAUAUGAACCGGUAGCUUUGUAUUAUUAUAUAAUCCCAAUCUUUUGAUUUGCCUCUGUCCAGAACUUUUAAUCCAUGUUUGAAGUUUGCCAUAAUUUGUAAACCACAACAAUAAAAAGAUCUGUUUGAUUUCCACUGUAGAGGUUAUCUCCCUUUUGAGAUGAUGUUGCUAUCUUGGUUGAUAUACACAUUUUAAUAACAUAUGAUAUGUAAAUAUGUAAUUUAUUGACUUGAUUUUAUGCCAAACAAAUGACAAUCAUGUGAAUGUUUUUUUAUUUCUGCAUUAUAAACAUGUUUAUAUUUGAGUCAGUUGACAAAAGAGAAAAUUGUAAAUCUUAAAUGAAUUGGAUAACUUUUUAAAGAUCAUUUGACAUACGAGUUUUCCUGGUACAUUAAUUAAAUUGUAGGUGUGAAUGCCUUGAUGUUUUUUUUACUGCAUUACUUACAAAUCCAAUUUUUUUCUGCAUGUUUUAAAAAAGGUAUAACUAUUAUGUUCAUAGUCUGAGUUACUACUGUAGACUUGUUCUGAAAUUUAAAGAAGGCUUUGAGUCUCCUGGACAAUACAGAUGUCAAACGAACUAAGUUGAACUUUGACCUAUGAUCACACACUUCAUGUUCAAAUGGAAAAGUACAUAUGUCGCAGAACUGUUUUGAACCUUCAUGUUAUCGAUCAAAGCUACGGUAUGUCAUAAGGACUCGUGCUGUGAUGAAUGGAUAUAUUGUCUCAGAUAAAUUGUGAUUUAAGAAAGAUAUAUGCUUUGAUACAAUGUAUCAUGAUCUGAAUAACCCUCACGUUUGUUUGCAUAAAUAGGAUUUAUUUGUAACGAGAACUGCCGACUGACUAGAGAGAGAUCAAGUGUAUUUGUUGUGAUGUUGUGUUAGAUGUGAGUUGUCAUUUUUGUUUGCUAUCUUGUAUAUUAAUGAUAAAUAUAUAUAUAUUUGUUGUUGAUGGAAAUACACUCUUUUGAUGGGGCAAUUGUGUUGUUAGAUAAAUGUUUUUAAAUUUUGUGAAUUUUAAAGUUAUCCAAAUUUAUGUAGUUAUUUUGUUUUUUUUGAAAGGGAAAAUUCUUAACAAUAGAAGGUUUAUUUUCUCUGAAGGAAGUUAUCAGAGGUGUGUCUUCUGAGUAGCUUCCCUUGUCUUAAAGAAGCUUCAAAUUUGAAUUCCAGAUAUUUGUUAUUCUACAAAAUUAUCAUGCCAUUUUGUUUCACCUUACAAAUUUCAGUAUUAUGGAGAUAGCAUUGAUAGAGCUGUAAACUAAACAUUGUACAAUGUAUGAUUCAUGCUUUAUUAUGAGUAUUUAUACUGUCAGAUUCUCACAACAUCUGUAUCGCCUUGGAUGGCGGCAUGUUAUAUCUAUUCUGUUUGGAAAUCAUUCUUUAGACUGU